GUGACAUUGCAGUGGUGCUGUGCUGGUAGUUUUGCAAGCUGGCUGCUGGGCAGAGGGCUGGGCUAAUUCACUCUGACUAACAGGAAGUUACACGACAGCAGAACAGGCAGCUUAAGAAAAUCUGACUCCCUCGCUUUGAGAGGCAAAACAAAGUAGACCGUUUAAAGAAGAGGUUUAUGCGACGACAAGUCUCACCAAAUGUUCAGUAGGCAUGCAGCUGGUAGCCUGUUUAGCAUUGCUGGUGUUCUGGGUGGCAGAAGCUGUAGAGAGCUGUCCUGAUGUCUGUAAAUGCACCAAGAAAACCAGCCCUGAAAGGUCAGAGGUCAACUGCCACAAGAAGGGGAUGAGGACAUUUCCCUCCAACCUGCCCCCUGAUUCCUGGAUCCUAAAGAUGGGCGAGAACGGAAUAGUCGACCUCCCAGCAAAUGUCCUGAAACCCAUCCCCAAGAUCGAAAGCAUCAACUUGGAACGCAAUGCCAUCAAAUCAAUACACCCCCAGGCCUUCUCUGGAGCCCAGAGGCUGAUGCUGCUCAACCUGUAUGGGAAUCAGAUCAACAAACUCCCUGUGAAAGGCUUCCAGGAUCUCAUCAACCUCCGCUUCCUCAUGCUGGGCCAGAACCACAUCUCCAGUGUCAAACCAGACAUGUUCACAGGCAUGAGGAACCUUUCAGACCUGGACCUGCCCCUCAACUCUCUAAUUGCCCUUCCUUCCAACGCCUUCAAGCCUCUGAUCGCCCUAAAGGUCCUGGACCUGGCCCUCAACCGCAUCGAGAGGAUCUCCCCCAAAGGCUUUCUGGGCUUGACAGAGCUGCUGUUCCUCAACCUGGACAACAACAGUCUGAAGAGCAUCUCGGCUGGUGCUUUCAAGCCUCUGGCCUCCCUGGAGAUGCUGGUGCUGGAUAACAACCUGCUGUCCACUUUGACCUCAGCCACUCUGGAGGGCCUGUCCAACCUUCAGGAGCUCUACCUGAGGAACAACGAGCUGGAGAGGCUGCCCCAGGACCUGUUUAGACAUACACCCAAGCUCUCCCAGCUGGCCCUCAGUGGAAACCGUUUCAAAAACAUGGAUGGAAACAUUUUCUCCCAGCUGUCUGGCCUGAGGGAGGUGUAUCUCCAUGACAACCCCUGGACAUGUGACUGCAACAUCAAUGGCCUGGUGCGGUGGGUGUCCCAGACAAAGGCCAACCUUUCCCCUCUGGAGUCCCUGAGGUGUGUUGCCCCGACAGAGUACCGCAACAAAUCCCUUAGCAGCCUCAAAGACCAGAACCUACGCUGCCGGGCCUAGACUAGAGCCAAACCAACCUUUACUCUGUGCUACCAGACCGAGACUAAAGCCACACCAGUCUUUCCUCCACACCAGCAUCCUGCAUCAGCCACGUUACAUUUUUACAUUUUACAUAUUUUGCAGACACUCUAAUCCAGAGCGAUUUACAGUAGUGAGUGCAGACAUUUGCAUACGUUCCUGCUACAGAGUAACCUGUUAUACAACACUUAAUACUUAGCUAUUGUCCAACGACAGCACAGUUACCCAUUAUUUUGCAACCCUAGCCUAGGUCCAGCCACAGAAUGACAUGCCAUUGUGCAACAUCUAGGCAGCCAUGGCCCGAUAACUGACAACUGUACAAUUAGCUUUUACUGUACAACCAUAAGCGAAAGUUAGUAUAAACACCGCAAUAAACGUCCCGUUUAUUUUCAGCAAACGUGUAAAUAUUUGUAUGAACAUAACAAGAUUCAACAACUGAGACAUAAACUGAACAAGUUCCACAGACAUGUGACUAACAGAAAUUGAAUAAUGUGUCACUGAACAAAGGGGGGGUCAAAAUCAAAAGUAACAGUCAGUAUCUGGUGUGGCCACCAACUGCAUUAAGUACUGCAGUGCUUCUCCUCCUCAUGGACUGCACCAGAUUUGCCAGUUCUUGCUGUGAGAUGUUACCCUACUCUUCCACCAAGACACCGGCAAGUUCGCAAACAUUUCUGGGGGUAAUGGCCCUAGCCCCCCCCCCCCCCGAUCCAACAGGUCCCAGACGUGCUCAAUGGGAUUGAGAUCCGGGCUCUUCGCUGGCCAUGGCAGAACACUGCCAUUCCUGUAUUGCAGGAAAUCACGCACAGAACAGGCAGCAUGGCUGGUGGCAUUGUUAUGCUGGAGGGUCAUGUCAGGAUGAGCCUGCAGGAUGGGUACCACAUGAGGGAGGAGGGUGUCUUCCCUGUAACACACAGCAUUGAGAUUGCCUGCAAUGACAACAAGCUCAGUCCGGUGAUGCUGUGACACACCGCCCCAGACCAUGACGGACCCUCUACUUCCAAUUCAAUCCCGCUCCAGAGUACAGGCCUCGGUGUAAGGCUCAUUCCUUUGACAAAUAAACGCAAAUCCGACUAUCACCCCUGGUGAGACAAAACCACAACUCGUCAGUGAAGAGCACUUUCUGCCAGUCCUGUCUGGUCCAGCAACGGUGGGUUUGUGCCCAUAGGCAACGUUGUUGCCGGUGAUGUCUGGUGAGGACCUGCCUUACAACAGGCCUACAAUCCCUCAGUCCAGCCUCUCUCAGCCUAUUGUGGACAGUCUGAGCACUGAUGGAGGGAUUGUGCGUUCCUGGUGUAACUCGGGCAGUUGUUGUUGCCAUCCUGUACCUGUCCUGCAGGUGUGAUGUUCGGAUGUACUGAUCCUGUGCAGGUGUUGUUACACGUGGUCUGCUGUUAGUGUCUUAAUCACCGUUCCACAGGUGCAUGUUUAAUUAAUUGUUUAUGGUUCAUUGAACAAGCAUGGGAAACGGUUUUUAAACCCUUUACAAUGAAGAUCUGUGAAGGUAUUUGGAUUUUUUCGAAUUAUCUUUGAAAGACAGGGACUUGAAAUAGGGAUGUUUCUUUUUUUUUGCUGAGUUUAGCUGUACAAGCCAAAGAGAAAGAAGAGCUGAAGGGGAUAUGUAAUAGCUUGCCCUGAGCUUUCUGUCAUUGAAAUAUUAUACUUUCCAUCAACCCCAAACACACAAUUUACACGUUCGUUAAACCUGCUAUUACCGAAGUGCGCUGAGAAACAUGCUACUGUAAAACCCUCACUAAUACUGCUCCUGCUUUAUCUUUUAUUCUUACAUAUUUUAUAUUAACUGAAAUUAAUUUCUAGCACUUCUUUACAGUGAUAUCCUAUGCUGAUAAACCUAUCAUCUUAACAUGAGCUUUUUUUCCUAACUCAAUAUGUAUAUAGGGCAAUUGUAUUAUUUUCACAGAUAUGGAAUCAUUCCAUGCUUAUUAGUUUGAUAUCUUUGAGAAUUUGGCUAUGCUUCCGAGCUUGUCUCUGUAGGUUGUAAUGAGUGAAUCUCCUAAUCUAAAGCAAAAUGAAUAUAUCUUAUUGUUUCCAUUGAGUGAAAAAUAUGUGCUGCCAUUGUACCUGUACAAUCCUAAAACAGCAUUUACUAAGUUUGUAGUCUAAUUGAUUUCAUACUGUACAUACAUUUUGAAAUAAAGGCCAUUGUGCAAUGAA